GAUUAAGGAUAGAGAGGGAUUACACUCUGUACUGACACAACUCUCUGGUCUAAAGUCUGCUCCUGACUGGAAAAAGAACACUAACAGAGAAGAGGACAUAGAGAGAAAGAGAGAGAAAGAAUAAAAGGCAUUGGAUGUGAAAUCGAUGAAGCCAGUGAUGGAAAACAGGGCCAAAGCGGAUCUGCCCAGUGAAGACGAAGGCGAUCUCAUCCAGAUCUUGUCUCACGUUGUCAGAGGAGUAAAGGACUUUGUCGACAAGGACAUAAACGGGAUAGGACUGCUCUACAGUCUCCUAAACACGUCGUGGCUACGAUCUUUACUGAAGGUUUACGAGUGUUUGCGGCAAUAUCUGAGGAGCUCGCCCACCCCGUACCUCCCCUACGCCUCUGGGCUCUCCCUCGAGAUUCUGUCAGAUUUGAGAGCUGUGCCGUAUCCAUCCUACGAGGCUAGAGAACUUUACCGCCUUCUCACGGAGCCCCACAUGCAGGUACCCACAGUGGUGGACAACAAUAAAAUAAAUGCCCUGCUCUCAGCCCAUGAUGUUGUUGGAUUGAAGGACUAUGAGCCCGUAUUACCUGCACUGCCUGAAGAUCUGGUCAAUAAUGAGGAGGCCAUGAGGAUCGUCUGCAUGGUAAAGAACAACCAACCUUUGGGAGCGACUAUACGGAGAGAUGAAAUGUCAGGAGAGAUCUACGUGGCUCGAGUUAUUCAUGGAGGCCUGGCUGAUCGCAGUGGUCUCUUGCAUGCUGGAGACAGAUUGGUGGAGGUGAACGGCUAUCCUGUGUUUGGACUCGAACCAGAGCAAAUAAUCAAAAUACUGGCUCACUCGCACGGGACAGUUAUGUUUAAAGUAGUCCCGAUUACUGACAGACCCAUCAACAACAAGACCAUGAUGUUUGUGCGAGCCAUGGUGGACUACAACCCCCACCAGGACCCUGGUAUCCCAUGUGUGGAUGCUGGUAUGACCUUUAGGAAGGGCAACCUGCUGGAGAUAGUGGACCAAACAGACGCCCUCUGGUGGCAGGCGAAGAAACUGCCAUGCAGCUCUGCAUGCGCGGGCCUCGUCCCCUCUGCCUGCAUGCUCAAGAGGAAGAUGAAAGAUUUCUGCUGCACCCAGACCCACUCCUGCAACAAAAUUUUGAGCACAGUCCCUGAAGAGGAUGACUUGACGGCUAUAGAUGUGUCUAUUGUAGAAACAGAAGAGGAGCUAAAGGAGGAUGAAAGCGACUUUAGUGCCAGCGUUGAUGGCGUUUAUCUCACCGGAUUCCGGAGGAGUCUGCGUGUGUGUCGCCGGCGUAGGUCCCAAGAUGGAGGUUCAGGACUGAUUCACUCCCUGUGCUGCUCCAUCUCGCUCUCAGAUCCGUACGAGGAGGUGGCGCGAUACCAGCGCCGCUCAGACGACACACACCGUCUCAUUGCUCUACUUGGUCCCUCUGGAGUCGGCGUGAACGAGUUACGCAGGAAACUGAUCGAGAUCAACCCGAAGACCUUCCAGGGAGCCACGCCACACACGACGAGGCCACGGAAGAUGUUCGAGGAACCCGGGCGGGAAUAUCACUUCAUCAGCAGGGAUGAGUUUGAGAUCAUGAUACACACAAACAGGUUUGUGGAGUACGGGGAGUUCAGGGGUUAUUUCUACGGCACCAGCGUAGACGCAGUGAAGGCUGUUCUAGCUGCUGGGAAGAUCUGCAUCAUUGAUAUCCAUCCUUAUGAUAUCGUGUCAGUACGGACUCAGGAGCUGAAAGCGUACAUCAUCUACAUAAAACCUCCUCCUUUAGCCCAAAUGAAACGAACACGGCUCAAAGCCCAGGUGACUAAUUACUGCACCAGUCGACCAUUUAAGGUUGAGGACUUUCAUAAGAUCGAGGAGGAAGACUGCAGGAUGGAGAAGCAUUACGCUCAGUUUUUUGAUCAUGUAAUCGUGAACGACGGCCUGCAGGCGUCCUGUGUUCGGCUGCUGACUGCGGUGAGGAGAGCUCAGGAGGAGCCGCAGUGGGUUCCUGCCUCGUGGAUCCGACCGGCUGAGGAACUCUGAAUGUGAACAGGAGGCCGGCUGUUUUGAAGACAAACAGUUUAAACUCAUAACACCAAAACACACACUGUAUGUGGAGUAAAAACACAGUGUGAUGGUAAAACGAAGAGCCUGGA